UCCUCCUCCGAACAUUGUGCCGCUUCCUCCCGCAGAUCUGCGGCUGGUGACAGGACAGAGGUUGAGCGAACUGAGCGACUCUUCCGCAAACUGUGUCAAAGUGCGUCCGGAGGAAACGAGCCCGGUCGGAGGAGCCGAAGCUUCCAGGAUAAGCAUUAGACAGACGGAGUCCCCGCCAGGAUACACGUGAGUGAGCUGACCUCUUCUCCUUCUCCUGUGGAAACACACUGCAGAGGACUCUCAGGAAAAUCACCAUGGACUUUCAAAAACCCGGAAACCGGUGAAAAUGUGGACCAGAAGAAAUGUGAUCAUCAUGGUUUGACUGGUGCUUUGAGAACAAACGCUGUCCGUCAUGGUGGAGCCAGGCUCUGUGGAAGAGGGAGCACCGUGUGGUUCAGCGUCAGCCUACAAGUGCCUUCAUCCGCCAUAUUGGUGCAGAGAAACAAAUGAACUCAACAAAUUAAACGCAGCGACUGGAUUUUCCCGUGGACUGCUCGCUCUGCCUGCCGGCUGCGGCUGGGAUCACCAAUGGAUAAAACCAUUACUCUGUUUGGACGCCUCAUUUCCUGGGAAAUGCCUACGCACUGAAUAGAAAAGGAUUUAUUCUGUUGGAACACUCACCCAAAUGGGAUAAAAACUUGAUACUGUGAAAGACUUUAAGAAAAGGUAAAAACUCUGCUAAUUUUGGAGUACCCCUCUGGCUAUUUCCCACGAUGCAUUGCCCCAUAAGGAAGAAACGUGCUGCUCGCAACUCUGACUUCUCGGCCAUCGUCAUUCCCUCGAUGUACGGGUCUGGCUACCUGGACUACACGGUGGAGACCCACGCUUCCAGGUCCAUGAAGAUCAUGGACGAGUUCAGGCAGCACGAGCUGUUGUGUGACCUGGUGCUUCACGUCACGUACAAGGACAAAACCGUGGACUUCAAGGUGCACAGGUUGGUGCUGGCCUCAUGUAGCCCCUACUUCCGAGCCAUGUUCACCAGCUGCUUCAAAGAGCGGCACGCCUCGGAGAUCACCUUGCGUGAUGUCUGCCCCCAGGUGGUGGGAAGGCUCAUCGACUUUGCCUACACCGCCCACAUCACAGUGGGAGAGAAAUGUGUGUUGCAUGUUCUGUUGGCUGCGAUGAGGUAUCAGAUCGAUGACGUGGCCAAGGCCUGCUGUGAUUUCCUCACCAAGCAUCUGGAGCCGGCGAAUGUCAUCGGCAUCGCUCGCUUUGCCGAAGAGAUCGGCUGCACGGAGCUGCACCAAAGAAGCCGAGAGUACAUCAACACACACUUCAACGAGGUGACUAAAGUGGACGAGUUCUUCAGCCUGUCUCACUGCCAACUGCUGGAGCUCAUCAGCCAGGACAGCCUCAAGGUGCUCUGUGAGUCCGAGGUGUACAAGGCCUGUACGGAUUGGGUCGGCUGGGACAUGGAGAGCAGAGCACAGUACCUACACGCCCUCCUGAACGCUGUUCAUAUCUACGCUCUGCCGCCAAAGUUCCUGAAGAACCAGCUCCUGUCCUGCCCCAUCCUCAGUAAGGCCAACUCCUGUAAGGACCUGCUCUCUAAAAUCUUCCAGGAUAUGACUCUGAGGAAGCUGCCGCCGGCUCCAAACCGUGGAACUCAACUCAUCUACGUGGCCGGCGGAUACCAGGAGCAUUCCUUGGCGUCCAUGGAGGCGUAUGAUCCCAGGAGGAACGUGUGGCUCAGACUGGCUGAGAUGGGAACGCCGUGCAGCGGCCUGGGAGCGUGCGCGCUGUUCGGACUCCUCUACACUGUCGGUGGCAAAAACCUGUCGCUUCAGAACAACACCGAGUCCAGCGCCCUGUGCUGCUACAACCCGAUGACCAACCAGUGGAGCCAGCGCGCCUCCCUGAACAUCCCCAGGAACAGGGUGGGCGUGGGCGUGGUGGACGGCUGCAUCUACGCCGUCGGAGGUUCCCAGGGCUCGACGCAUCACAACUCAGUGGAGAGGUGGGAUCCAGAGUCUAACCGCUGGUCCUUGGUGUGCCCGAUGUCGGUGGCUCGUCUUGGGGCCGGCGUGGAGGCGUGCGGGGGGGCUCUGUACGUGGUGGGGGGGUACAAUGGACAGAACCGGUGGGACACGGCGGAAAAAUAUCAGCCGGAGACCAACACCUGGCAGCAGCUGGCUCCAAUGAGCACCAUCCGCAGCGGACUAGGGUUGGUGUGUGUGAACUCUUACCUGUACGCUAUAGGAGGGUACGAUGGGAGGAGCCAGCUCUCCUCCGUGGAGCGCUACAACAUAGCCAGGAAUGUCUGGGAGCCCCGGGCGUCCAUGCAGUUCGGCCGCAGUGCACACGGAGCGACGGUCCACCACAGAUGCAUCUUUGUCCUCGGAGGCUUUAACCAGCACGGCUUCCUGUCCAGCGUUGAGUGUUACUGUCCAGACAGAAAUGAAUGGACGUGCGUCACCAACAUGCCGGUUGGACGCAGCGGCAUGGGCAUCGCCGUUACCAUGGAGCCGUGCCCUGGCAGCCUGCCAGAACAAGACGAGGACGAGGACACGGCCACGUAGGACACCGAGGUCUACGUCCACUAGGGCUCCAAGCGUCCUAGAGAAAAGGAAAAAGCUUCUUUACCUCCUGUAACUCUGGCCUCACAGGGCCCCUCGUGCCGCACCGUGAUGCCCUGCCGGGUAAAGAGGGGGAGCAACCAUAAACAGAUAAUAUGUCCACAUCUGUUAAAAGCUGAGCAUGACAGGGGUCCUGCGGUUAUAAGGUGCUACAGAUGUACAACUUCAAAACAAUAAUGCUAUUUAUUUAAAUAUUGUCCCUUCACUGUUUUAGAAUCUCUUACCUUGUAAAUUUGCAAAGUGAACUUCAGGGUCCAAAUUUCUAAUUCUGUGUCUGUCUGUGUCGAAACGAGGACUCAACUCACAUGUUUAUGUUUAUGUUGUGCCAAAAGUAGGGUUCCCCCCCCCUUCCCCCCCUCCUCAAAACUGCCAUUUGUAAACAUUUGUCAAAUUAGUUUUUUCCAUGUGUUAGAUUUUACUGUGUGUCUCUGUGUGUAAAUUAAAUCAAAGGUGUGAAUGAUAAAUAUCUUAUUUCUGCA